AUGUCUUCGCAACCGCAACCGCAAUCGCACAACGAAUCGCACAGGGUCGCUAGCUCCGACGCAGGCACCGAUGACCGCACCCUCUACGACCACACCUCCGACGACGAAGCCUACGACGGCCGGCCGUCCGGCGACCUUGACGAGCGCGACCGCGAUAUCUUGGACUCGGAGGAUGAGCGCGAGAGGCUUCUUACGCGCGAAGAUGGUGGGAAGGGUAUCCUAGGGCGUAAAGGCUCUGGGGUCAAGGUCGGCAAAUGGGACAAGAAGAGCGAGACCAAGGGGCGCAGGAAAAGCGGCAAUGAAGAAGCGAGUGCGCUCAUGUACGAAAUGGAAGAGGGUAUUGGCGCAUCGAGUACCAGUUUCCGGUCAAGGAGAAGUUCCCAAAGCGAUGAACAGCGUUUACUUGCGAGCGAGCUGCAGAGAAAGACACGCAGGAAAAGCCUAUGCCGACGCAUGGCCAUCUACGUAUCCAUCAUCGUUCUCUUCGUUGUCCUCCUCGCAGCUACGUACAAUCUGUCCACCCCAAAAGACGUCAAGGGCGCAGUAACCCUGGUAUCAAACGGCACCUCGCUCUUCGCUCCGACCACGAUUCUCAUUUCCCUCGACGGCUUCCGCGCCGACUUUCUGUUCAGAAACCUGACACCCACGCUGAACCAAUUCGUCCAAGAAGGCAUCUCGCCAAAGUACAUGAUGCCCAGCUUCCCCAGCGUCACGUUCCCAAACCACUACACAAUGGCCACGGGCAUGUACCCCGAAGCACACGGCGUGGUAGGAAACACGUUCUGGGACCCUGAACUACAGCAAGAGUUCUACUACACAGACCCAGACCGCAGCCUGCAAGCGCACUGGUGGGGCGGCGAACCCCUCUGGGUGACGGCCGAGAAACAAGGUGUACGGACGGCGGUGCACAUGUGGCCCGGUUCCGAAGCCGAUAUCCUGCAUCAGGAGAUUGCUUACGUUGACAAGUACAACGGCUCCGAAGUGCUUGCUAGCAAGGUCGACCGCAUCAUGUCGCUCCUCGACACCCCUGGCCCCAGAGACGUGGGCGCCAAAGCAAAUGCGCCCAGGCCCCAGCUCAUCGCAGCGUACGUCCCCGACGUCGACGGCGACGGUCACCGCUACGGCCCCAACAGCACCGAGAUCCGCAAAACGAUUGCAAGCGCCGAUGCCAUGGUGGGAGGUAUCCUGUCUGGUCUGCAAGCACGCAACCUGACCAACAUUGUAAACGUCAUCGUCGUGAGCGACCACGGCAUGGCUACCACGGACGUGACGAGACUGAUUCAGCUCGAAGACUUGGUCGAUACCAAGGAACUCGAACAUACGGAUGGCUGGCCGCUCUACGGUUUACGCCCUAGAGAUCCGGAUUCUCUACACCGGCUUUACAACCAGAUCAAACAACGCACAAGGGAGAAUCCUAACGUGGACGUUUACUUGAGAGACGAGAAUAUGCCGGAGCGGUACCACUUUAGUCGCAACAAGCGCAUCGCGCCUCUCUGGAUCGUGCCCAAGACGGGUUGGGCGAUUGUCACGCGGGACGAAUUCGACGUCGAAGCGGGCAAGAAGAAGGGCCAAGUAUACCAUCCGAGGGGUCUGCACGGAUACGAUUUUGAACACCCGUUGAUGAGAGCCGUGUUUAUUGCUCGGGGCCCGGCUUUCCCGCACACGCCGGGGAGCAGAAUGGAUCCGUUUCAGAAUAUCGAAUUGUAUAACAUUGUUUGCGAUACGUUGGGCCUCGAGCCCGCGCCGAAUAAUGGGACGUUGCGUCUGCCGUUGAAACCAGUCGGGUUGCACGACGACGACGAAGAUGCGCCUGGGAAUGAGAAUCACACACCCGAGGACCCCGUUCCUGCUUACACUAUUCCCUCUUCUUCUUCUUCGUCUUCGUCGACAGAUCUCGCGUCCAUGGACUUGAACUCCUUAUCCUCCAUUGCAGCAUCCGCGUCCGGAAUGGAAGAUACUUCUCCUUCGCUUCACGACCCAGUAGUACCGGCCCGGCCCACUCCGGCAGAUGGAAGUAAAGACGAACUCAAGAAUAAGGAAGGCGACAAGGAAGCGAGCGAAGGGGCGGAGAAGGAAAAGGAGAGUUGGUGGGAGUGGUUGACGCAUAAAGCUGAUGGGGUCAAGGAUUGGGUGGAUGGCUUCGUUCAUGAUCAUGUUCCAGGGGGGAAGGAGGAGGGGCAGGGGAACAAGGGUGGGUGA